UGGCCCAAUUCCUGCCCUCCUGCGUAAUCUCUCCAAGCCUGUUCCUGCCCAGGUUCACUCAGCGUGUGGGUGAGAGGUGGUCACAGACACCAGGUUUCUAUCUGAUCUCUGUUCUGCAUCAAAAGUUCGUAUUUCGGAGAUGUGUCUUUGGGCUGCCUUAUAUGCCUCACUCAGACCUGUAUUUUGUCAGCUUACAACACUGGUUUUUUCCUACUAGGAUAAAAAGUUUCUGUCCUUCUUAUAUUAAUAAAUGCAGCGGUUUAAAUGCUUAACUCGAAAUGCAUCUAGUUUUGACUAUUGUUUUUAUUCUCUCACAGGUUACCUAUUGCAGGCAGCCCUGGGCACAACAGUGAUCCCGUUAUGUGGACCUGGUGAAAUGGAGAACUGCACCACAGCGCUCAUCCAGACAGAGAACAGCCCACGUGUGGCCCAAGUGGGGAUAACGAGAUGCAAGCCUGAAAUGAAGGACUACUGCUUCCAUGGGCAGUGCGUGUACAUCGUGGACUUGGAUGAGCACUACUGCAGGUGUGACGUGGGGUUCUCUGGAGUGCGGUGUGUGCACUCGGAGCUGGUCCGGCAGCCCCUCAGCAAGGAGUACGUGGCACUGACGGUUAUCGUGGUUCUGCUCUUCGUCGCCGCCAUCUCCCUUGCAAGCUACUACAUCUACAGGAGGUACCGAAACAAGAGGAGACAAACAAACGCCAGUGAAUACAAGGAAGUUGGUGCCCUAUAGGAGAAACGGUGACUUCCUGCAGUGUUCCGUUCAUCUGGAUGGACUCAGUGGCUUCCCACCUAUUUAAAUAUUAUUUUUAUUAAUAAUAUUUACUAUAUUUAUAACCUUAAAAAAAUUUCAAUUGUUCGGUGAUUCAAUCUGUAUAGGUCAAGCAUUUUAUUUGCAGUGUUUUAUUUUUUUAUUAAAUAAUAUUUCCUAAAGGAAACCCCACCUAAGUGGUUCUGUGGGAUAGAGAUAUAUUUUUAUAAAAACUCGUCUUCUUGCUCUGGAGAGAAGAAUUUUAUAUUUAUUCUUGUGAAUAUACUCAAAGCAAUUGUAUUCCUUGAAAUAAAAGUUUAGACAAAGUCAAAAUA